AUGGCGAACAAGGUGACCCAGAUAUCACGAGAGGACCUGGAGGAGCUCCGAGAGGCUUUCAACAGGAUCGACACUGACAACAGUGGUUUUGUCAGUGACUUUGAGCUGCAGGAGCUGUUCAGAGAGGCUAGUUUCUCCAUGCCAGGCUACAGAGUCAGAGACAUAGUGGAGAUCUUCGUAGCAGGAGACACCAACAAGGACGGGAAAAUCAGUUUUGAAGAGUUUGUCUCGAUCUACCAGGAGCUGAAGAGUAAGGAGCUCAGUGAGACGUUCAAGAAAACCAUCGCCAGGAGAGAAGGGAUACAAUCCUUUGGAGGAUUGUCAGGAAUCUCCAGCGAGGGAACACAGCACUCCUACUCAGAUGAGGAGAAGGUGGCGUUUGUGAACUGGAUCAACAAGUCUCUGGCCAAAGAUGAAGACUGUAAACACCUUCUACCCAUGAACCCUGACGGAGACAGUCUCUUCAAAUCAGUAAAGGAUGGGAUCCUGCUCUGUAAAAUGAUCAACCUCUCCCAGUCUGACACCAUCGAUGAGAGAGUCAUCAACACCAAGAAACACACCACCUUUACCAUGACCGAGAACCUGAUGCUGGCGAUAAACUCUGCGUUGUCUAUCGGCUGUACCGUGGUCAACAUCGACGCCCCUGACCUGAUGGCUGGGAAACCCCACCUGGUGCUGGGGCUGCUUUGGCAGAUUAUCAAGAUAGGACUGUUUGCUGACAUAGAGAUCAGCAGCAACGAAGCUCUUAUUAACAUGCUGUCUGAGGGGGAGGAGUUAGAGCACCUGAUGUCAUUGUCUCCUGAAGAACUGUUGCUACGCUGGGUCAACCAUCACCUAGGCAACGCUGGGGCCCAACCAAUCAGCAACUUCAGCCAAGACAUCAAGGAUUCCAGGGCAUAUUUCUACCUGUUGGACCAGAUCUCACCUAAAGGAGAGGACAUAGACGAGAUGGCCAUCCACAUCGAUAUGACCGGCAUCAAUGAGCGUGACGACGAACGCAGGGCAGAGAUGAUGCUUCGCCAGGCAGCCCGUCUGGACUGCAGACAGUUUGUGUCUCCUAUGGAUGUGGUGUCUGGCAACAGCAAGCUGAACCUGGCCUUCGUAGCCAACCUCUUCAACACACACCCGGCCCUGAAGAGGACUAACAGCAACAACAUAGACACAGCACUCAUAGAGGGAGAAUCCAGAGAGGAGAAAACAUUCAGGAACUGGAUGAACUCUCUGGGAGUUGCUCCCUAUGUCAACCACCUCUACUGUGACCUGUGUGAUGCGGUGGUGAUUCUCCAGUUGUAUGAGAAAGUCAACGUCCCUGUAGAGUGGAAAAAAGUCAACAGACCUCCAUACUCUGCACUGGGCAGUAACAUGAAGAAGUUGGAGAACUGUACCUAUGCGGUGGAACUGGGUCGGAAUAAAGCUCGAUUCUCCUUGGUGGGAAUUGGAGGAGUGAAUCUGAACGAGGGAAGUCCCAUGCACACACUGGCUCUGGUCUGGCAGCUGAUGAGGAGGUACACUCUCCAGGUGUUGUCUGAUCUAGGAGAUGGGGAGAAGAUUGGAGACCAAAUCAUAAUCAACUGGGUCAACACUCAGCUCAAAGAGGGAGGCAAGGACUCACAGAUCAGCAGCUUCAAGGAUAAGCUGAUCAGUACUAGUCUCCCAGUGAUAGACUUGUUAGACAUUAUCGCCCCCAAAUCUAUCAAAGAGGAGCUGGUGAAGAGAGGGGAGCUCAGCGAUGCAGACAAGCUCAACAACGCCAAGUACGCUAUCACGGUAUCUAGGAAGAUCGGAGCCCGUGUCUACGCUCUGCCUGAUGACCUGGUUGAGGUGAAACCCAAGAUGGUUCUGACUGUGUUCGCAUGCCUGAUGGGGAGGGGCAUGAAGAAAGCUGACGGCUGA